AUGGCCUUUUCCGCCUUCCGGUCACCUCUGGUCGAUCUCGGCGACUUCCUGCGGUCACUCGCAGUGCCCCGCACCGCCUACGGCACCAGCGCCCCAAGUCGCGAGCAGGAGGAGUGGGAGGUCUUCCGGGCUCGACAGGGCGGCACCAAGCGCCUCGACUACUUCGGCGGCGAUGUCGUGGGUCCAGCAGGAGCCGUCCUCGUCCUGCGCUCGAUGGAGAAGUCGCCCGGCGUGACCGACAUCGUCCUGUCCCAGAACCAGCUCGGCGACGAUGGCAUGCGGGAGCUACUCGUGGGCAUGAAGCGGCUACGCUCGCGCGACAUCGGAGCUCACCUCGAGAGCCUCAACCUGUCGAACUGCGCCCUGAGCGACGUCUCGCUGCACCUCAUCGCCCUGCAUCUGCUCCAGCCUUCGCCGCACCCACCCUCACUCCGCUCCCUUUACCUCAACUACAACGGCAUCUCUCUCGGCUCGCGCUCGACCCUGUCGACCCUCCCAGAGUUCCUCGGCGGCGUCCUCUCCUCCCCUUCCUGCUCCCUGCGCUGCCUCGACCUCACGAGCAACCGAGGCGUCACGACGCCGGGCUUUACCGCCCUCCUGUCGUCCCUCAAGCUCGCCGCCGGCCCGUCGCACCUCGCCGAGCUCCGGCUGUCGGUGACGGGCCUCACGCCCGACUGCGCCGAGCCGCUCGCCGAGUGGCUCGAGGACCCGAGCGGCGGCGGCCGGCUCCUCGUCCUCACGCUCAACGCGUGUGCCCUCGGUCCCGCCGGCGUGCGGCGGCUGAACCGCAGCGUGACGAGCGGGCGAGCGCCGAGCCUGCUGCACCUCGAGGCGCUCGCGAACGGCGACGCCGGCGACGAGCAGUGGGGCGCUGUCAACGCUGCUCUGGCGGCAGGAGAAGAGGAGGAGCUGGGCGACGAGGCGGCCGAGAAGGCGAGGGUGCAGGAGGCGCUCAAGCGGAACCAGCGCGUGUACCGCGAGACGAGGUUCGCCGCCCUGCGCCUCGCCGCUCCCGCCCGCAUCCUCUUUGGCGGCAACGCGCGCGAGCUCGAGGAGGGCAAGAGCGACGACGGCUCGUUCCCCUUCCUCCGCCUCCCGAUCGAGCUGCAGGUGCACGUCCUGCGCUGCCUCGUCCUCCUCUCCCCCUCUCGCGCCGCGCACCUGUACCCGACCCUCUCUCGCCCUCUCUCGACCUCGUUCCACUCGUCCGACACUCUCUCCUCGCCCCUCACCGAGCCCCAGUUCCUGCGCCUCCUCGCACACUGCGCCUCGCGCCCGACUCUCCUCACCGAGCGCCGCAUCGCCGCCGCUCACGCCGCCGGCGAGGCGCCGUCGCUCAACGCCGCGAGCGGCAGCAAGACGUGGACGAAGCCGUCGGACGAUGCGCAGGACCCGCAGGGAGGGUGGGAGGAAUGGUUCUUGAGGUCGACCGGGUGCGACCGCUUCGAGCGGGCGGCGCCGUUGUAGCGAGAUAGAUAGCGCUCUCGCAACUCGACGAAUCGACUCUCCUC